CUGCCUUGCCGGAUACGGGGAUGUAUAGAUGCUCAGAACGAUGAUACUGAUGCCCUACCUUACGACGCCUACUUCAGCCUUCUGCUUACAACCUUUCGACAGUUCACCCCGCCGUACACAGAGAUCAAGAUGGCAGAUGCAGCAGGAAGAAUCACCAAACUCGAGGUUCGCUGCGCUUGCGGUACAAGUUGCGAGAAUGCAGAGGCAUACUUUCGCCACAAGUCGCUCUGCGGAACCCAUCAGAAGAAGAAAUUCCUUCAUACAACACCAAGCUCCAAACCAAGCUCGACCCUAGGGCCAGCUAGAGCUUCGAUUUCAGAUUCAUACCCAGAGACUGUGGCCUGUUGGUGUGGCAGAACGUUCAAAAAUCGCCGUUCGCUUCGACAACACGGGUACUAUUGCGCAGUGUACAAGCAGCAGACGAAUGCGAAUUCGACUCCUUCGGAUCCAGCACGUGUCUUGGAGUUGAACUCGAAUCCAAACACAGCACCGGCGCCAGAGAAGAGUUACAAUCCAACUGCGCAAUUUGCGGCGAAGAAAAUCCAAUGUCCUUGUGGGCAGAGCUUUGCGAACGAGAAAGCACUGAGCAGGCAUCAACGUUAUUCGAAGACUCACCAGGUAGGAAGGCCUGGAUAUGCAUCUACAUCUAAAGGCAAAACAUCAAACCCUGUGCCGUUCAUAAUUCCACAAUCAAUUCGAACUCCGAUCCAUCCAGCUUCGGGCCCAGUACCAGACACUACCCCAUCUUCAGUGCCUCCAGCUGCACACGAACAAUGGGACGACGUUUUGGUCACCUCCUUCGCUUCUUUGAACCUGGGGUCAAUGCAACCUCAGCUCAUGCCUCCCGUAGCGGGAUUUUCCUGCGUAUGCGGUAGUAUAUUCAUCGAUCGGAAAGCUCUCGAACACCAUAAGCAGGAUGCUAGAUUGCAUGCGAGGCAGGUAACAGGAGAGAGAAGGGAGAAGAAAUUCACGUUGUCUCGGCCGCAGUAUCAAAAAGAGGAGGAAUUGCACGAUAUGGCGGCGGUCUAUGCACAGCAGUAUGAGAGUAGAGAAUAG